CAAAAUUAUCCUGGCGAAAACAACUGAUCUUCAUUGUUUGCGUCGACAGGCAGCUUGACGUGUCCUUUUUUUUCUUUGCAAUGGCAGGGAAUACCAGUUCUGAUAUUUUGAUUGCCGGUGCCAUAGCAGCCUUCACAGUUGAUCUCCUCGUCUACCCUCUCGACACAAUAAAGACGCGCAUUCAAAGCCCGGAAUAUGCAAAACUUUACACGGAUACGCGGACGGGUAAGGUGGAUCCCAAGUUGUUCCGUGGUGUGUAUCAGGGGAUUGGGAGUGUGAUCAUUGCUACGUUGCCUAGCUCAGGAGCAUUCUUCACAACCUACGAACACACAAAAUCUCUCUUCACACGUCUGAAUACCAAUACGAGAAAUGAGGCUAUUCUACCUAUAGCCUUCGUCCACGCCUCUGCAUCCUCUCUGGCAGAACUAGUUUCCUGCGCCAUCCUCACUCCCGCAGAAGUCAUAAAGCAAAAUGCACAGAUGGUGUCCUCAACUUCUCAAUCUCAAAACGCUACUUUACAAACCCUCCAAAAGUUCCGGUCCAACCCCCUCGCCCUCUGGCGCGGCUACACAGCACUCGCAGGCCGCAACCUACCGUUUACAGCGAUGCAGUUCCCGAUGUUUGAGCGGCUGAAAGAGGGGAUCAAGAAGUAUAGGGAUGAGAAGGGGUUGACGAGGGGGGGUAUAUUCGAGAUGGGCUGGAUAACGGCGGUGAGUGCAGGGAGUGCGGGGGCGGUCAGUGCGGUGAUUACGACGCCGAUUGAUGUUGUCAAGACGAGGGUUAUGCUUGCUGCUGCUGAGAGUGAUCCUGCUCCCAGAAAGGACGGCGGUGGGCAAAGUAAGAAUGGACUAGUUGACGCGCUAGGGAAGUCGGCUGGGAGCUCGAAGGACACGGUUAAGAACGUGGCGAAGGACGCGGCGGAUACUCUCAACCCUCUCAGAUCCUCGUCUUCACAGUCGAAAGGCAGGAAGAGUAGUUGGGCGGUGGGCAAGGAGAUUGUAGAGGAGAAGGGGUUUAAGGGGUUGUGGAGAGGCGGUGCGUUGAGGGGUGUUUGGACAUUUAUUGGGGCGGGGUUGUAUCUAGGGGCGUAUGAAAGUGGGAGGGUUUGGCUUGCGGGGAGGAGGGGGGAGAAGGUCGAUGAGGAUGAUUUGCUGUAGUUGAGGAGGUGUGAAAGGGAUUUGGAAGGACAUGAGAUUACGUGGUUUGUGAGAUGGUAUUCUCGGUUGAGGUGCAUUGAAGCUAUCUAGUAGUUUAAGCAGCACUACUUCGUACCCUUGAGUCUUCAUGUGCCACUGAGAUUGUAGGCUCGCUACACUCGACACACUAAUCUGAGGCGCC